UUAAGGGUUAGGGCUAACCGAAAAGGGGCUAUGGCGGAUGAGAAAAUAGAAGAGUAUGUAGAAUUCAUAGAAGACACAGAUGGAGCAGAGGCCCAUGAAUUCUCCCUUUCUGAGCAGAGAGUGAAUGUAGAUCUGGUUCUGCGGGUGUUUUCGGCCAUGUCCGUCACUGUGAAGCGCGUUGAGAACGAAAAGGUUCGAUGGAGGGCUCUAGAGGCAAGAAAAGAAGACGGCCUCAGCAAAGCCAUGUUCGAUGCUGGAUCUUCUCACAUCGUUCGUGCCGGGAGGCCUGUGCCCUCUGCGACAGCUCUUCAGGCUGCACCAGAAACAAAAACAACCAUAACAGGAUCGGCCCUGUUACAGGCGUGUGAUACUUCCAUCUCCACGAAAUCGCGGUUCAUAUCUCUGUUGGCUCCUCACGAGUUGGGUUAUAAGGCGAAAUUUCCCUCGGCCCGGACACUCAUGUGCGCGCUUAGUAACCUGCCAUGCCUUCUAUGGGAAGGCGUAGGAGAUGGACUUGUGGAGCUCGACAAUCGGUUUGCGCAGAGGUUGUCAGAGCGCCAGAUCACUGUGCUCUUGGCUCCCAGCGGUUCAGGAAAAACGAGAAUGUUGAUCGAACUUGCCUGCAGUAGAUUCACGUUGUUUCUCACGGGUAAGCGUCCGAUGGUUGGAUUUGGAGGAGGAUCGGAUGAUGUAGACAGGGUUGCCAGGUGGAUGGAGACUCGGUUGCCCGCAGGUGAACACGAUCUUGAUCCGAAUCAUGCAGUGGUGCGGUUUGGUGUUGGGAUUUUGAUUCUUGUCCGGUUGAAAUAUUUGAAGUUGCUGAAAGCGCUGAAACCUGGGCUUCAUCCUCGUGAUUGGGCUUUUUUCCAGUUGGAGUACCCGGCAGUUGAUGAUGUCUUCCAUGCUGCGGUUGAAGCCUUGAUCGAUUGUGUCCCAGUGGAUCAGCAACUGCCUAUGGAUCAGCUGACGGAGGCUAUAAGGAAUCUUGCAGAUGACAUUGGCUGGAAGGAGGGGGUGGUUGUCCUUGAUGAGGCUCAAAUGCUGCUUCAUUGUAUGAAAGGUCGAUUCAAGUCUGAACUCACUCCUACGAAAGGGCAGCCGUCGUUGAACCCCAUGUUACUGGCUCUGAAGUCGUACGGUUUCUUGAAGAGCUGCUUGUUUGUUGCGGGCACUGGCACGAGUAUGCUUAAGGUUCGGGAAAGACUUCUGGGAGGGACAGUGAAGCCUUUCGAUGUAACCGAAAUUUAUAGCUUACCUGGCUUUGACGACACCAACAUUCCAGCCUUUCUCCAACGGUUUAUAGAUAUCAGCAGGCUGGACAUGCCCGCGAUUACCUCCAUGUACACUGGAAGAAGGCGACUUUUGAGCACGGCGAUUGAGAAGUACGUUGUGCAGGACAAACCACCAGAGGAUUGGUUCCAAGUUUUCUUCUUGGAGUUGAUCAACAAGCCUGGGGUGGAGCUUGGACUUCUUCGGUCUUUAAGGGAUGAAGCGGAGCGGGUGUGGGAUGAUCCAGAGAUGGCACAAAUGAUUGAGGACAUUCUGUUCACGUAUUAUCUUACAGGUUUUGGUCAUGUUAUUGUGCAGCGGAAGAGGAGUGUCAUGACCUUAGUUGAUUGUGGCUUUGCAACGCUGCUUGAGAGUGACGCCAGUGCCGGACCUUUUGCACCGAUUAUUCCACACAUAAGAGGGGUGAGGGGUGAUGAAGCCGGACCUGGUUCUUCAGGUCCGGCUAACGUGCGAUACGUGAUCCUUCAAGAGCCGAUGAUUGCAGAAGCACUCUGGGACCAUAUGCCUGCUGGUACAGUAAUGGAGCGAGUCAUCAGCACAGCUGCAGACGCAUCAGUCCUUGGCAUUACCUUUGAGCGGUUUGCGUGCAUCGUGGGGGAGGCAUUUGACAACAAGCUACCAGCUGAGGUUUUGGGUUUGCAGGAAACAGAUGUGGUCUACAAGGAGGAGUAUGAAGUUGUAAGGCCAAGAGGGCACUCGGGGGUGCUGGUUCAGGAGAUUCGGACUGAAGAACAGUUGAACCUGUGGCUUGAAGCUGUUGAGGCUGGUGCAUCGUUUGCUACUUAUGCAUGGCUUGGACCAUUCCAAGAAGCUGGACCAGAUGGGAUGUUUCUUCUCAGAAGCAAAGAGUCGCACAAGAUGAUGCCUGUGUUUCUACAGUUCAGAACAGAUUCUGGGCUGGGUGUGACUCAAGCUUUUUCUUCACUCGACAUCAUGAAGAUUGACAAGAUACUGCAUUCAGGAGGAGCCUCUCGAAAACUAAAACAGUGGUGCUGGACUGGCUACCUUAGGCUGGUUGUUUCACCGAACCCACAUCCAAAGGUAGGAAAGGUGGCCUUAGGAGAUGUGAGGCGGAGUGGGCGAGCGAGAAAGGGGCGCAAAGAAAUCCCCCUGGUUUCACCUCUAUCGGCUGUUUGGGCUGGUCGGAAACUUCGGGGGAUCGUCAACCAGGAAUUGCUGGAUGCUGUGGAAGAGGUGAAGGAAGGUUUGCAGAAACGGAAAAGGGGGUGAAGCGCUUUGCUACGUCUUCGGGCCACUCACAGUUCUCCCCUGUGUCCUUGAUCUUCUGUUUUGGGAAGGGUUUGAAGAGUUUUUCAGGGACCACAUCAAUGAAUCUCACUUUGUGAAACCGUUGCAGCAAGUCUUCCACAUAAUCCAUGAUUGCUGCCUUAUGGUUUCCGCU